CCACACAAGUCCCAAUCCACCCAACCCCACAACUGACCCAAAAACAUAUCAACGCAAAAACGAAAACUUCCCCUUUCAUUUCGUCCCCAUUCAUCCACGCACCACCGCCCAAAAAAAAAACCACCAUGUCUAACCGCACCACCCACCGGCGCAUGUUAGCACCGACAGAGCCAAGGCCCUCCAAGCACUCCACUUCCCUAGAUCCUCCUUCCCUGCCUUCUAAACCAUCUUCCACCUCCAACCCCACCUCCAGAGUCAACGCAAGUCAACGAAUCCGCAGUUCACAGAGCCUCACAGACACUCGCUUGCAGGCCAAAUCGAUGUCGGCGUCAAUGGAUUCCUCCAAGUCUUUCCUCAAAUCGAACCCUCACCCUAAAUCAUUCGACCCCAGAAGCGAAAAACAGAGCAAGAAAACAGAGGAAUCAGAAAAACCCCAAAAACCCAGUAAAGAUGUGGUGGCGGUGGUGAAUAAGAAGAAGGGAGCUCAAAAUGGGUUGGUUGGUUUUGAGGAAAAGAAGAAGUUUGAUAGCGGGAGGAGGCCGUCGGUUUCGUCCGCCGCAAGCGGCGGCGGCGGCGGCGGCGGAAGGAGGAGAUCCCUGUCUGGGCCGCAGGUGCAGUUGGCGGAUGUGUUAGCAAGUAAUGGGGUGAGAAUUGUUUCAGCUGAUAUGCCACCGUUUAUGCAGAUCCAUGCUGUGGAGUGUGCAAGAAAGACGCAUGAUAGCCUGGAAAAAUUCACCUCCAAGACUCUUGCUUUGACUCUCAAAAAGGAAUUUGAUGGGGUAUAUGGGCCAGCAUGGCACUGCAUUGUAGGAACAAGUUUUGGGUCUUUUGUGACGCACUCUGUAAGUGGGUUUCUGUAUUUCUCAAUGGAUCAAAAGUUGUACAUCCUCUUGUUUAAGACCACUGUACAAAGAGCAGACUGAAAAUUUGAUAAGUUUUAAGACUUUUUUUUAGGGUAGGAAGAAAGUUCUGUGCAUUCUUCUUCUUUCCAGACUGUACAUUUGGUUAUGCAGGGAAAAUCAUGAGAGAGAGAGAAAUGGAAAUUUCUCCCCAUCUUUUUUUUCAUUGAGAGACCUUUCUUCUCCCCUCCUCUCGUACUUUCUUCUGUCGCUUCUCAUUCUGUAAAGAAGUCAACAUAAGAUGUUGAUGUGACUUAAUCGUGAGUAUUCAAAUAGGAUGGGACUGAAGGAGAAGGAAAAUGGGAGAGGAGAGAAUCCAGAUCCCUCUAAGCCUUAGCCAUGUGUGAUCAUCAGUGUUAUAAAAUCAUACUAUGUGUUACUUUUUUCUUUUUCUA